AUGCGUGUGCUAGUGGGUGGCGGGACCGGCUUUGUGGGCAGAGCCCUGACCCAGUUGCUGCGGAGCCGUGGGCAUGAAGUGACCUAUGUCUCUCGACAAGGGGGCAAGGAUCGGAUCAGCUGGGAAGAGUUGUCCCACUCUGGACUGCCCCUGUGCGACGCCGUGGUGAACUUGGCGGGUGAAAAUGUCCUCAACCCUUUCCGCAGAUGGGGUGAUGCCUUCUGCAGGGAAGUCAUCAGCAGCCGGGUUGAGACCACCAAAAUCUUGGCCAAAGCCAUUGCUGAUGCUGAACAGCCACCCCGUGCUUGGGUCCUCGUCACCGGCGUAGGCUAUUACCGCCCUAGCCCCACAGCUGAGUAUACUGAGGACAGUCCUGGGGGGGAUUUUGACUUCUUCUCGCGCCUGGUGAGCUCCUGGGAAGCUGCAGCUGUCAUCCCUGGGAGCCCAGCUCGUGGUGUUGUGGUGAGAUCUGGCGUAGUGCUGGGCCGAGGUGGUGGUGCAAUCUCUCAAAUGCUCUGGCCUUUCCGUCUGGGACUAGGAGGCCCCUUCGGCUCUGGGCUCCAGCCCUUCCCAUGGAUCCACAUUCGGGACCUGGCUGGGAUCGUGUGUCAUGCUCUGGAGAGCGAGUGCUUGCAAGGUGUCCUCAAUGGUGUCUCCCCAUCCUCCCCUGCCACCUCCAAUGGCACCUUUGUUCAGGAACUUGCUGCAGCCCUGGGGCGCCCAGCCCUGCUGCCAAUGCCUGCUUGGGCUGUGCGCGCUGUCUUUGGGGCAGAGCGGGCUGUCAUGCUGUUGGAGGGCCAGAGGGUAGUGCCAAAACACACCCUAGAGAGCGGCUACCAUUUUAUCUUCCCUGACCUGUCUGGAGCUCUGAAGGACAUUGUGGCUUGAGGACUCCUUGGCUGGGCUGGGUUGGGCCCUGCUUUUGUGAGCUCCCUGGCUCACAUGCCUUCCUCUGGGUGAAAAAGGCUAGCCCUACCACUUCUUGACACUUCCCCAUCCCCAUACAGAGAGGGUGAGCAAUCUUUUCCUCUUCUGUCUCCCUUUGUGUACCCCCAGUUUAGGAGUCAUCCCUCUUAUUGCCAUCUGCAAUCUCCACGUUACCUGCUUUUCCGGAGGGGCAUGAGCCUCUCUAAGAAUUGUGACUGCUGAGUCUGCCAUCUUCCCUUUUCCACAGUGUGCAUGUGAGCUGAUUGCAGAGCACCUGGGGGUUGUAAGGUCUCCUCCCCUGAGAGACAGGGGUGGCAGCAGGAAAGAGGUGUUCAGGUGUUGUAGUUCUCCGCCAUGUUACUGGAAGUCCCUCUUCCUGUUUUUCCCCAUGUCUUUUCCCCCAUGGUGCCAUAGAGACCUAGUUAUGCUCUUCUGCGUUGCCUUUCUCAGUCUCGUAGGGAAUGGAGCUGUGGUGAUGGGAGAAGAUCCAUCUUGAGGGGGCGCAAAGGGUGCUGGAUAUGGAUGGCUUGAAGACUUUGCCAUCUCCUUUCUUUUGGUGGCUCUGUGCUGGUACGAAGUUGCUGUGUCAGAACCUCCAGCUGAGUCUAUGCCCAAGAGUCACACCCCUCCAGGGUUGCAUGAACCUGAUGCUGUGGUGGGGAUGAAGAACACUGCUUUGCCAGCCUGUGGGGACAGGGGUGGCGAUGAGACUGUUGCCCCAGACUGCUCUUGAGGCCUUGGGUGAGUGUCAACUACAUCUGAGCUUCUGCUGGGGAGAAACUGGGUGGUUCAUCUUGGUGUGAGGUAGUCCAAGGCACUGCUUUAGUCUAAAGGGAGCACUUCAGCUAUUGCCUUUGUUGUAGUUACCUAAUCCCGGACAGGGUGGUUUUCCCUUAUUCCUCCCAUGAGGUGGUACUUGUGUUCAGGGGGUUCCCACUGAUUGGCCAGUGAGAAUAUCCAGGCUGCCUGGACUGCUUUGGGAAGCAGUACCUCUUUCUUAUUGAGAACAUUGCAAUUUCAUCAUCUCAUACUGUAAGGAAACGUACCCACAUGCUUCCCUUAACCCAUUUUCACAUGCCAAAGUGGGUUGUGGGAUGUGAAAUCUACAGAGCAGAUAAGUUCUUUAUAGCGCUGCUUCAGGAGAAAUAUUCCUAGUGUGAUGUAAUUUUGGGCUAGAAAAACACAUUAAAAAGCACUUCAGGCAGUUACAAAGGCCUGUUCCAUUCUGAUGUAAGAAACCAUUCAGAACAAGAGCAGUCCACAUAUUUCUAGUUUAUGCCAGGUUAAUGUCACAGUAGCUGAAGGACUGAUCUUGGUGGAGUCUAGACUCCCCACUCACCUGCUUCUGCGGAGUCCAUACUGGAGGCAGAAUGGCCAUCUGCUGACUUACUGGGCAGGAAAAUCAGAGUGGGACUGUCCAGCUGGAACUGGAGAUAGUCUUUGCAGUCAGUGUGAGCACAGCCAGGUGAACUGGGACUUUGGGGAUAGCUAUGAAAGCAACAUCGCCUGAGAUAAACGUGGCUUGCUUGGCUUGUGUCUGUGUUGCCUGUAAGUUAGGUGCAAAUUCUUCCCUCUUCCCAUAUGCCUCAGUUUCCUGUCCUUGAGAGCGGGCUGACCUACUCUGAGUUACAGGCCCAGUUUAUUGUGGGGCAAUACAAUGGGGAUAGUCAGCAGUCCUUUGUCUUUAGUUACUCCAGCUGCCUUUUUAGAGCCUUGGACUUCAGUCUGCUUCCCCAGAUGUUGUGGGCUAUAGCAUCCUUCUGUCAGGCAAGCUAGUUAGCCAGCCCGAUUAAGUCAUUUCCAUACCUGUAUGUACCUUGAUUGCCAUAGCUUUGGAUUGUAAUUGGAAAUAAAGACAAGUAUGGCUGGAGAAGCACUGGCAACCCGCAGCUCUUCUGAAAGAGGCUUGCAUAUCACAUCAUGAAAGACCACCACUAAACAGAAUUCCCAGGCCUCAGGCUCCCUGUCUGGAUGUGUAACUCACUCAGGAUUUUGAAGGGUUGCUUCUGCCUGAUGUUUGGCUUAAACACAUGUCACAGGACUUAAAUGAGCUUCUGACACCUGAAUCCCAGUAUGGGAUCUGAAAAUGCUGUCUGCUGGGUGCAAUUAGGACUCUCCAUCAUGGUAAAUUCACACACACACCAUGCUCCUUUGUCUCCUGUGGAGCCAGAAAACAUGCAUAUUAGGGUGACAACAAGCUGAGAUCUAGAUUGGGUUUUGGGCCAGUGUCUAUUUUUGAUGACCAUAAGGAAAUCUUGGCCCCCCAGGCUGCAAGACUUUGUGGUCCUAAGUACAGGUCUUGUGCUAUCCCAACACUGGCACAGUCAGCCCUGUCUGUAUUGCUCAGUGCUAGUAGAGUGUUCCUGCAAGUAUGUCUGAGCCAACUGCAGUGCUCCAGAUGUGCUUUGAAGAUUUACUCUGACUUGGAACAAGUCUCUCUGUUCCUUUAGAGGUGAAUGCUUAUGAUUGUUAAGACAUGUCAAGAGUGGCUACUACCUCCAGCAGCCCAGGCCCAGGACCCUCCUGCCUGGCCACUGGCUUCCCAGCCUGGUGCCCAGGUACCCACAGUCUCUGCUGAAGGUGAGGUAUGCAGCUGCUGCUUUCCUGUUUGCAGGCUCAAUCAACCUGAAGCUGAGUGAUUAUCAGAUGCAUGUGCACACACGCACGCAGACAGAUGACAGUGACAUGGCUGGUCGCACAGACUGCCUCAGCCAAGAUGCUGCUGUCAGGAGCACCCACACACAGGGCACAUAUAACACUAGCACAGCCAGCCAUGUCCUUUCCCACUCUCAGGCUGGCAGGCUUAUGUGAUACACUCAGGGUUCACAAACACCUGUGCACUCAUGAGUCCCUUGAGCAUGAGCAUGACCUCUCUGUCUGCCCAGCACCCCUACCUGAACCCCAGCCCUCUGACCCAUCCCGUGGGUCCCUUACUCGCUUCGCUGGCUGGGCCACCCUGAUACGCCAAACAGGCAGCACUCACACAUUUGUCCCAAAGGUACCCCGCACUCACAGGUAUCCCCAGGUAUUGGCAUGGACUCCCUGCGUACCUGAUACCUCUGCCUGGGCCAAGACCUCCUACUUGCCAGCUGGUCCAGCGUGAAGUUUGCUAGUGGAUACAAUCGCAUGCCGGGUUUGUGGGAGAUACAGACGCUCACCUCCUGCAGCAUCGACUGCAUCCAACAUCCUAGAUGCUCAGGUUUGCGUCCUUGCCAGUUGCAAAGUCCUGCUUGCCUAUAGCUUCUUGAGAGCUCAUCAAUUAGUGUGGCUGAUGAUGUUUGUUUCUGGGUACUGUGUUUGCUAAUGCUAAUUGGUCAGGUUUUAUGAGUCGGUGUGUUUGUCUCCCUCCCUUUCCUUAACUUCCCAACUGUAAAAGUGUUCUCAGACUCGCUCCACACAUCCUUGCCAAUUAGGGUGACUGAUCAGGUUUGUUCUCAUCACGACCUCUCUUAUCGUGUGUCAGGUUUAUCUCUGUGUGUUCUUGUUUAUGGCUUCUUUGACCAGAUAGCCUUAAAAGAGCAGACGUGUUCCUUCCACAUCCCAUGACACUCCCCCACUGACCAGUAAUCUUGGAAGAAGCUGCACCACUCCUCUGUCCCAUGGAGUCUGAAUGGGCCCCACUAUGGGCUGCACACGUUGGGGCAGGAGCCUGACUCCUCUGGGCAUUAACCUGGGGGUGGGGCGUGUGUGCAAGGGCUGCGGUUGCUGGCCACCCCAUCAGAGGCAAUAGCCAUGAACAUACCGAGGCAUUUAAGAUCAGUAACACCUCUGUAAGUGUAACAGUUUGUAUAGGCAAGGCCAGUUGUUUGGCCUUGAUAGCUGCAUCUCUCCAGGCACCAGGUCAUGGGACAUUUUGGUGUCAUUCUGGCAGAGCCGAGUGAUCUGCACUGGUGACCUGCUUUGGGGUUAGCUCUGUGCUGACUGCUGAGUCACUAUCGAAGACAGCUAGGCUUAAUUCUUAGUUUUUGGAACCAGUGGUAGAUCUGCACCAUUUGUAACUGUUGAGGAAUUAUACAGCCAUCACCUAGACCAUGGUAGGAAUUAAGCGGAUGCCAUCUCAACAGGGCUCAUCCCUAGGUUCCACUCUAAUAAAAGAAUCAAACAGAGUUCCUUCUUCUGCUGUGUUUAAUAUCCAAUAGUAAUUACAGCUGGAGCUGCGUGCCUCUG